CUUAAUCCUUGUUUCCGUAUCAACUUGCUACAUAGAUUUCCGAGGCUUGUACUACAAUGUACUUGCCUGAUCCAGCUUCUGUUCUUCUGUACUGAGUGAUGUUGCAGUGACCAAGAGACUGGGGAUGGCACAGCCAACACAAAACUCUGCUGGAGCAUGGAGAAGGCUGGAGAGUCAGAAAAUACACGUGAAAAGUAUUUGUCUCCAGUACCAACUGUAUCUACUUUUGAACAGCCACUUCUUCUACCUUUUAAAGAAUAAGACUGGACUAACCAUCUUUUUCCUAUGUGCUUAUGUACCAAACACAGAAGCAAAUCACUGUAAGUGGUCAGAAGUUCUGAAAGAUUUGGAGCAGAUCAAGACAUCUGAAGACAUUGAUGUCAGUUUAUAUACUGCUAACACAGAUGAGGAUAAAGAAUGCCAGGAACCCGUAAUGAGAUGCUUUUUUUUAGAGAUGAAAGUGAUUCUUCAUGAAUGUAAAAUCAAAAAAUGUAGCAGAACACAGGAUGUAUUCAACAUCUGGAAAAAUGGAAAUGCGAGAUUUGAAACUAGCCAGUUGAAUUCCACAACGUCAAAAAAAUGCAAAGAAUGUGAAGAAUAUGAAGAGAAAAAUUUUACAGAAUUUAUACAGAGUUUUCUGAAGGUUAUACAGAAGGAAUGCAAAUAAUACCAUGACCAAAAUAAACAAGCUGGGAACAAUGACUGUUCAAGAAACAUACCUCAGAUAAAUUGGAUUGUCAAUAACACUGGACUAAAAAGAACUUCACUUCUAGUCCUAUUUGCUCAGAAUAAAAAAAACAAAGAAUAAUACAAUAUCUUUAAUGUGUGAUGUUUUCAA